GGCAGGUAAAAUUGCAGCGUUCAAACGAGUUCAUAAACGUGAUAAGAUAUCUUUUGCUUGUUUGGCGGAGCCAUUCAACAAUUGCUUGAUUAAUUUGAAUCAUCAACCAACCAUUAUUAUCCUAUUAUUAUAUAAUAGGAUCAUUCAAAGCCGAUUCCGUUUUUGUUUAUUAACAAAAUACAAUCGGAAGAACAAUAUUUUGAUCCAUCCUGGAUGCUGACAGAUAUUUGCCGAUCUAUUCUGUUGUCUAUAUUUACAGUUGUGAAAAAUAAUGCAGCUUUGUUCACCUAGCGAAACCAAUAACGGAAUUCCAUCGGAUACUUUGAUUGAACAUCAAAGAAACCGUUGUUCCCCUCCUGUAGUUAUAACCAUGUCUUCAAGGUACCAAAACGGCUCUAGGUCGCCUUCGAAAAGCCCAGAGACAGUCCCAGUCAAACCAACUACAAAAUCACCGAAAACAUUUUCCUUCUCUGUGGACUCUUUGCUUUCUGAUGACAGUGGCCGAAGGUCUUCGACAAGUCCCGAACAAAAACUUGAUACCAAGACACUGAAUGGCAACGCUGAAAGACUUGAACAAAACAGUAUCUGCAUGAAGCAGUUCAGUAUGGACAGAAUACUGGAUCAGGAACUGAAAAUGAUACCUAGAGUUCCAACUACUUUUAUAACUCCUACGUCGGUUUCGAAAUCCGGACUCAUGCACCCUCCAGAAACGAACUUAGCGUGGAAUCCUCCUCUCACGACUGUGCCCUGGUUUCAAGUAUCAAGGUCCAUGUCCCCUGUUCAUAAGCAUGGAGAACUACCCAAACUACCUCCAAUGAAAUGCCAACUCAGAAAACACAAAAGCAACCGCAAACCUAGGACACCUUUCACCACACAGCAACUGCUGUCUUUGGAAAGAAAAUUCAGAGCAAAACAGUACCUCUCCAUUGCUGAGCGGGCUGAAUUCUCUUCGUCACUGAACCUCACAGAGACCCAAGUUAAAAUCUGGUUCCAAAAUCGGAGAGCAAAAGAAAAACGAUUGAAAGAGGCCGAAAUUGAGAAAAUAAGAAUGGCAGCAAGACCCAUGCUCCCAGCUUUCCCAUUUGGCGCCCAUGGAUUCAUUGCCGGAAUUCCUCCACCAGCUCAUAUAGGAACAAAUGGAAUUCCUGUAUCCAGGGCUUUUAUGUCGCCGAUAAUGUCUCCUUACCCUUUUUAUACGUCAUCGUCAUCUGGACAUACGUCCUCUCCUAUUGCGACAGCAUGUCCUCAGUGAUAAACAUUCUUAAAGACAAUUCUUUAAAAGACUCAACGCAGAAAAAUCUAAAAAUGUAUCGAAAACAUAGGUAUAAGGUUUGUCAUAUUUCCGUUCGACUGGAAAUUCGCCUUGGAAGUUUGGAAAAAAAGCUUUGCUUUUCAGAUUGUAAAUUGUAUGUUGAUGAAGCAGAAUUUAUCUGUUUUGAUAAUUAUACCUUAAAUGUUUUUCUGCAGCUUUGCAUUUUUUUCUGGCACUCAGGAUUGUUGAUUUUAAACUGCUUUGUCAUGUAUAGUUUAGUUUUUAUCAUUUUAAUUCACUAUUUUUUUAAUUACUACAGAAAAGUUUACAAUUCCAUUGAUGUAUUGCUCUGUGAUAAUUUGAUGCUAUUUGAUCGCCAAAUUAAAAAAAAAAAAUGAUUUUAGUAAAUAAAGGGCAUUUUUUAUUGCAAAAAUUCUAGUCAAAACUUUUUUCA